UUUUAACAUUGUUGGAAAACCAAUGGUAGAUUUCAAGUCAUAUUUUAUUUUGGUAAAUUUAAACUAAGGAUUACAACUCUACACAAACUCCUACUUAAGAAGGAUCAAGAUUGAUUUUACUCAGCAGAUGCAACAGGCAACUAUUUGAAGUAAGCCAGGUGCAGCUGUUGGGAUCUGCAUCAUACUUUCAAGUCUUUGUUAACAAAUAUACCACAAACGUUUGAUAUACACGUACCGAAUGAUAAGGGAGGAUGCGGCACGUAAUUCCAACUUACCGAGUCUACCCCCGGGUGCACUAUUUCCAGAAGCGCUUCACAAGCCUGUACCCGGGGUUCCGACGGGUUGUCGGGGCGUUUCCUGAUGCCUUCCACGACAAGGUCAUGUUGUCUCAGAUGGAGACACUGUACACACUAUUUAGGAUGACACUGGAGGUCACUGUAACCGGUACAGAAAGUCUGCAAUAUGAAGACUACCUGGUGGACCCCAGCCCCCUCGAGAAUGAAUCUUGGGCCGCUAUUGGCGCCCCGGGGGUCAGGGUCCAGAUCUGCUGUGUGAGAGGUGAUACCGCCGAUAAUGUUAUUAAGAACCUUGACGUUGUCCUGUCGGAGGUUCGUGGUAAAGACACAUUUCUCGCGUCUACUUUUAUUGCCAUAAGCAUCGACCAAUCGCCUUCCUCCCACGAAGGAAUACGUAUCAUGCAAAUGGCAUAUGAACACCUUAGAGACCAAGGUUGGAAUACUGACCAUUACCUUACCUUUGGAGUAGGCAUUGAACUUGCCUCACGAAUUUCUGACCAUCUUGAAAGGCAGCUGAUAGGUGGUUUUCGCCAGAUAUACGAUUACCUGGGUAGAUUUGUUAAUUGUGACAGGAGGCAGCCUAAUCCAGAAACCAUUGAAGAAUUUGCCAAGAAAGUUGAACUCAACAACUUGAUAACAAGCUUUCUGUAUGAUGCCUUUGGUGCUGGUGACGAAACAAAGCAAACAUUGGAAACUGAAGUCGAAAAUCCCGACGAACAAAACAAGUCGAAUCUUGCGAAACUGUUUAAAUGUACUCUUAUCAGAAGUUACCUAGCACAGAAAUUUCCAUCUGUUUAUAAAAUAGUUGACACCUUAAUGACGGAGAACCAGAUUGAAACGAGAGUUGCUGGCUCAAUUUCGAACAAGUGUUACGAAUUCAUCAAGCACGCCAUUCAACAAUGUCAAAGCCGUGACUUUUCACAGUUGAAAGAACGUAGAGCUAAGAAGCGAAAAGGCACUGUGAAACAUUACCUGAAGCCUGUGUCUUACAAGUGGCUGGUUUGGAAGGUUCUGGGUGACAUCUCCAAAGUGAUUCACGACGUGGAACAGUCGUGCCGGGCUGCGCAACGCUUCAUCAUUUCCAUGGAGAAGAUGAUGUUUGAGAUCGAGGUCUGUAUGGAGCAGACAAUCACAGAGAAGUUCGAAGCCCAGCUCGAGAAAUGCCCGGAAGUGCCCGAACAAAUUCGCGCGGAGUUGCUAAGACUGAAAUCGGUUUACUCAAUUGGAACUAUCUACAACGAUUUUGUUAUCAACAUCAAGAGUGAGCAGCUGCAGAGGGAAGGCCAACCACCUGGGGCACAUGGUCAACCGCCUGAGGCACAUGGUCAACCACCUGGGGCGCAUGGUCAACCACCUGGGGCGCUUGGACAACCUGAGGGAUCAGGCAAACCAGUACAGGGAAAACAGGAGCCGAUGGAUGUCGACCCUUGGAGCGUAUCGAACAUUCUAAACUCAUCUGAUUACUAUAGGAAAGCAGUUGAGGAGAUAAGAUUUGUAAUGCGCGGCUGUGGUCCGCACGUCCGGUGGACCAUGCAGGUGGUCUCCCAAACAUUCACGCCUUACGUGAGGAUCCAAUACGAGCACGGCCGAGCGAUAUUUCCAAAGAAUGAGUGGCGCAACCAGGGGACCCUCGGAUGUUUCGUGAUGAGCAGUGAUAGUAAAUUGUAUGCCUUGUCAUGUGCACACGUGGUGGACAGUGAUGACCCAGAGCGGAGGGUUUGGAUUCCGGACAUCAAGGGUAGGUUGAGAGUGUUAGGAACGUGGGUCUCUGACUUGACGGUCACAAGUGGAAGCGUGGAGAACUUACCAUUGAUUGACUUCGCAGCAGUGAAGAUAGAGGAUGAUCUUCAACAGGACUGCACUCGCCACCUCCGCGAUGAAGACGGUAUCAAUUGCAGGUCGACGUUUUACGACGGUCCACAUGUUUCCCUGCGCGGGAAGCAAGUGUUUAAAUACGGCUCUGGUUCUGGGAUGACCUCUGGAAUCGUAGUGUCAACAGACCUGUGUCUGAGCGGCCCCAACGCAUCAGAACAGUACUUAGUCAUUGUCGACUGUGAGCAAGGGCGAGCUGAUCAGCAGCCUUUUGCCGUCCCCGGGGAUAGUGGUGCGGUGGUGUGCAUGCAGCGAAUGGUAUCAAAUGUGGUGUACAGGGACUCAAAUGAGCCCCGCCUGUUUGUUCUGUCCAUGAUUAAUGCUGGAGGCAUGAAGAUUCACGGUGAUGAAGAUGACAAUGGGCAAAUCUUAUCAUUCUGCUUCAAAAGAGGCAUAGACAGUUUGACCAAUCAUGAUAGGCACACAUUCAACAAUAUCGCAUUCGAGUUGGCUUGAUUAUAUCUCAAAACACGACAUUUAAUCAUGUCUGUGUCCAGCCCUAGUUGGGGGUUUCCUCACUUAUGUGAUAGCUCUCGUUUGUUUUUAUUAUUUAUAGAUAUUCCGAACUGAUGUUGCACUUUACAGGCAAUUUUCUACUAGUAUUCCCGAAAAGUUUAUUUGAAAUAAGCAUAUGUUUUAAUGCCCGUUGCAUUCUUAAAUUUCUGAUACAUACUAACUACGAAAGUAUGAAUGUUGCCUUAUAUCCCAGAUCUGGUGAUGUUAACGUACAAUUGGUUAAUUCACUGUUGUCCGUUUUGCUAAGCCGUUUUGAACAUCAAUACAUGUGUUUAUAUGCACAUGAAAACUCAGCUUUUCGAUUACGUUUUACCACCAUUAAUUUUCUUGAUUUUGUGAGAUGUUUUAAACGACAUACAUCCCGUUUACGUUUAAACAUUCUUCAAAGGAUGUUUAAAAACGAAUGGAUGCGACUUCUAACAAUUUGUGAACUCCAAUCCUGAACGAUUGAACUAUCUAUUGGUGUAGGUUAAUGUAAUGUGAACCCAGGGGUUGUAUGCUAGUUGAUAGGAUAUUCCAAUGCUGGCUCAUUGUGCGUUUAAAUCAUUGAAAUGAUACGAAUGUAUCCGAGGUAACUUAUUUCACAUAUGACGUCCGCGCAUUAUGUAUCUUUAAUUUGCCAAGUGUAAUCAAAUUACAUAACACAUGUGUAGCUUUUUCGUCACUGAAAUAAUGAAACAAAGAUAGAUAUAAUUGUUAUUUUAAUUAUAUUAUGAAACAAAUCACUUAUUUGAUGUCAGUUUAUUUUUUACGGUGUUUUAUGGGCCGCAGGCUUUUCUUUACAAUAUUGCUUUUAGAUUGAAUUUGUAAAAUACCUUUUAAUUAAUUCACGUCUUUGUUUAGUUAUACAUAGUGUACGUAACACAUAUUGUGACCAAAAUUGAAUGCAUGACAUAUUGAAACAGACUGAAACAAAGUCAGAGCUAAUGAUCGCUUUUUUCCGAAUAACAUUUACGAAGCCCCUGAAGUCACAAAAUCACUCACAUUUAUUUUCGGUCGAAAAACUUAAUUUUCAUUUCGUUGAUACGAAAUAUUGUCAUCUCAAGGUAACGGAAAACGAAUUCCGUUAUAACGAAAUCAUAUUUCGUUAUAGCAAAAAAAAGUAUCUUGUGACAGCGAAAAAUGAAAAGAAUAUAAUUCCAUUAUAAUGAAAUAUCUUUAAAUAUAUUUACUAAUUCCGUUAUUACAAACAAUGACUUCGAAAUCUCAAGAUAUAGAAAUAAUUUAAAUUAUAAAAAUACACUUUCAGUUGUAACGAUUUUUUCACGAAAUAUAAUGAGUAUUUCUCCCGAAAAUAGAUGUUUAUGCCAGUUCCGGGGCUCGGUUCUAAUAAGCGGUGGAGGGCACCCUAGAAAAGAUAAUACGAUUUUUAUGUUGUUGAACAGUUUGAUUAUAAUACAACAUUUUUUUAACAAAACCUUUGUGAUUUUCCAAAAUUGCUAAUGUAGAACAUUUUAUAAAGAGUUCAUAGUCCUCUCUAUCAUUUCAACACAUUCAUAAAGGACAAUCUUUUGUUCUGUCUCCCAUAUCUCUUGUUUAGCAAUCCUUGAUAACCUUCAUAAGGAAAGGGCCGUAACGGAUGUUUUAAAACCUCGUGGUCCAAUCCCUUUGCAUGCCCUUUACUAUAUAGACGUUAACAAUUUCACUUAGAUACUCUUUCGUUAUUGUGUAUAAUUUAUUGUGUAAAUGUAUCGUCAUAUAUAUAAUCUUUAUUUCCUCGAAUAAUCUUUAUUUCCUCGAAUGCAUGAAACGUUUGGGGUUUUUUAAAACCUGACACUAUAUACAAAGAAUUCAAAGAAACAAUUUCUUUUCAUCUUUUUUCAAUCAUCAACUUUUUUACAGAAAUGCAUUACAGUUAUCAUGGUUUCAUUUAUUGAGCAGUCGUUUCCUUGCGUUAACAAGGUGAGCGCAUUUGAAAAGAUAGAGAUAUUCGUCACCAAUAUCGUUUGGUGGACUAAAAAACCCAUUUUCUAUCAUAUCGUUCAUUGUUAAGCCACUGCCCCUUUUCAAUAGGGGAAUACUUCUUACACAUUCUGAAUUAUUUAAAACAUUGCAAACAGAAACCAGGACCAUUGUCAAAAUAUCCAAAAACAUCAUUAAACAUUAUUUAAUUAAAACAUUAAUAAAACGAAUUUACAUCGGAAGUUGAACUUUGUAUAUAUGUGUCAGAAAAUUUGUUUGAUUCUUUUUAAUAACAAUUGGUUUGAUCCAUUGAAAAAUGUAUUAUUUCCUACACAACUCAUUCCACAUUCAUAAAUUAUUUUUACAACAUGAUACAUCCACUUCAAAUGGGUACCGUGCCAUUUAAAUGAGAAAGUAUAAUCUUACCUAUCGUUCUUGAUAGAUUGUUUUCAUUUGAUGAGACUAAAAUAUUCCAACAUCCAACCAUAUGAUUCUUAAUUACAAUCGCCAAUGGCUAGCGACAAAGAUCACCAUAUAACAUAAAAUAAGGCGUGCUCUUUAUGACUCCAAUUAAUAACUCCAAAACGCAUGUGUAUUUUUUAAUAGGUGGCAGGUAACCAAGACAUCACAACCAUAUGUUGAAAAAUGGACACAAGUGAAUUUAUCAACAAUUUCUAUUAUAUAAUCUUUACUUUUAUUAUUUCAUGUUAAUAUAUGGUAAAUUAAUUCUAUUGCACAUUAUAAAUAUUGUACUUUUAAGAUUUAAGAUUUAUUUUAAUAUGCAUGUACACAUGUUUGGCUCGAAAUUGCUGUAUUGUAUUGGUGAAUCGUUUCUCCAGUGUCAAUAAUAAACUGGUCAUCCGCA